AUGUACGCUAAGCUGAUCAUCGCUCUUUGCGCCAUCGGUGUCGCUCACGGUAGUGGACUUCUCGCCGCGGCCCCGGUAGCAUACAGCAGCCAUGCCGUCGCUCCCGCCGUCUCCUCAGUCUCUUACUCCACACACACGUCGCACGCUGCUCCAGCAGUAGCUGUACACGCUGCCCCAGCUGUAGCAGUCCAUGCCGCCCCAGCUGUAGCCGUAUCUCGGACUAUUGCUCCAGCAGCGACUUCUUACUCUUCAUACUCUAGCCACACUGCUCAUGCCGCUCCCGUUGCCACCUAUGCCGCCGCUCCUGCAGUAGCCGUACAUGCCGCCCCCGCUGUAGCCGUUUCUCGGACUAUUGCUCCAGCAGCGACCUCAUACUCCUCUUACUCAAGCCAAACUUCCCACGGAGCACCCGCAGUAGCUGCCUACGCUGCCGCUCCCGCUAUCGCUACUUACGCCGCUGCCGCGCCCGCCGUAGCUGUACACGCUGCCCCUGCCGUCGCUGUAUCUAGGACUAUUGCUCCUGCUGCUACCUCAUACUCCUCUUACUCCAGCCAAACUUCCCACGGAGCACCCGCAGUAGCUGCGUACGCUGCCGCUCCAGCUGUUUCCUACGCGCGGUCAUAUGCUACCCCCGCCAUCUCGGCCUAUGCUGCUCCCGCCAUAGCCUCUUACUCCAGGUCCUACGCCGUCCCCGCCGUAGCCUCUUACUCAAGGUCAUACGCCGUCCCCGCCGUAGCCUCUUACUCCCGGACCUAUGCUGCUCCUGCUUUAGCGUCUUACUCUCGGAUUCAAGCUGCUCCUGCUAUCGCGGCAUACGCUGCUCCUGCCUACUCUACAUACGCAGCUGCCGCCCCCGUCCUUCGUUCCGCCAUCUCUUACUCCUCGGCUCCCGCUGUAUCUCACAUCUCUUACAACGCCCACGGUGCUAACUACGCCUGGUAA